UGAUUUAGAUGAUGCGCAUGUGUGUUGCCGGCCCGCUUGUGCAACUGUAAACAGAAAAUUUUAAGACGAUGGAUAAUAUGCAAACAGUCCCUUCGGAUUUCAUUGAUGGAGUUGACAGCGAAGAAAAUGAAGACAAUGAAGAAGUGUGGGGGAGAAUGUUUCCACUUGGAUCAAGUUUUAUUGCAGUCGAUUUAACAAAAGAGGAAUACUGCUUUGGACGUGGAGAAAACUGUGAUAUUCCUUUUAACACGGCAAAUGCUAAGAAACACCAGUGUUUCCAGGCCUACAGUAAAGUACAUUUCAAACUGAUUCGGAAAAAAACCAGUACUGGUGUUCAUGUAUUCUUGGAAGAUUCCAGCAGUAAUGGUACUUUUGUGAAUGGGGAAAAAGUUGGUAAAGGGAACAAGCAGGUUUUAUCCAAUAAUGAUGAAAUAGCUCUGGCAUUGAAAAAUAAUAAAGCAUUCAUGUAUCUUGAUCUGAGUAUCGAUGAAGAAGCUGGACUUCCUGAUCAAAUUAAAGAAAAAUAUACAUUAACAAAAACAUUAGGCAGGGGUGCAUGUGGAGAGGUCAAGUUAGCAUUUAAAAAAGGAACAUGUGAAAAGUUUGCAGUAAAAAUUAUAUCAAAGAAAAAGUUUUCCAUUGGUGGCAAACAUCAAGUUAAUCUAAGUAAUCAAGUUAUGACAGAGGUAAAAAUACUGAAAGCAUUACGACAUCCAUGUAUAAUUGGUAUAGAAGACGUUAUUGACCUACCAGAUGUUUUAUAUAUAGUUUUAGAAUUAGUAGAAGGCGGUGAAUUAUUUGAUAAAGUUGUUAGUAUAGGGCAGUAUGAUGAACCGACGGCUAAAUUAUUAUUUUAUCAGAUUAUUCAUGCUGUAAAGUAUUUACAUGAUCAAGGAAUUACCCAUAGAGAUUUAAAGCCAGAGAACAUAUUACUUGCCACAGAUGCCAAUGAAACAUUGAUCAAGGUUACAGAUUUUGGUUUAUCAAAGUUUGUUGAUGCAGGGUCCAUCAUGAAGACAUUUUGUGGAACACCAACAUAUCUAGCUCCAGAAAUUCUUAUCACAGCUGGAAGUGGGCAGUACACGAAGGCUAUAGACUGUUGGAGCUUAGGAGUUAUAUUAUUUAUAUGUAUAUCAGGGUACCCUCCAUUUUCUGAUGAAAGAAAGGAUAUGGAUUUACCAAAACAGAUUCUCGGUGGACAUUUUACAUUCCCUAAACAGUACUGGAGCAAUAUAUCAGAAGAUGCAAUUGAUCUUAUUAAGAAACUAAUGACUGUAGAUGUGAAGAAAAGAAUUGUCUUAAGUGAUGCAAUAAAUCACCCAUGGUUCAAGGAUGAAGACAUGUUGAGUAAAGCCAGAGAUUUAAUGUAUCCUGAUUCUGAUGGAAUGAUUCCUCCUAUAGGCACUCCUGGUCAGAAAAAGCGUGGUCUAGAGGAAGCAGAGGAACCUUGCCCAAAAAGAACAAUAUCCACAGAAACAAUCACACCCCCAGAAACACCCACUCCAUGAACAACCAAUGAAAUCUUCAAAUAGUGCUGACUGACAUCAUUAACUAUGAAGCCAAGAUACAGUUGUGUAAAUUAAGUCCACUCAUUUGAGAUCAGUUUGAUAUUAUGGUGGAACAAAAUACUGAACAAAAGUCCACUCAGUAGACUGUACUUAUAAAUAUUAUGUUUCUUUAAAGAUUCUUCAGGGGAGACAACUUUCCAUGAAUUAAACUUGAAUGAUUUAA